CAACUGCACAAGCAACUAGCUAAGCUGUUAGCCACACGGCACAGCACAGGGGUUUUCCGGGAAUUUACAACAAGGAAGAGUCGAAGUCAGCCAGAUACUUAUGUUUGAUGUGUUCUGUAAAUGAAUCACAGCAUAUUAUCGCUGGCAGCUGAUCCAGAACUUGGAUGUUUGCCUCCUCCUCCUCACUGGUCUUCAUCCUCCCGUUCCUCUUCCAACUCAGCCUCACAUCCUCGUGUGGCGUGUGCAUGUCUGUAUCUGUGGCGUGUGCAUGUGUGUGUGUUUUUGAUUGCGUAAACACGGCUGUUUCUAUGUGGACGUGAGUUUGUUGUCGCGAGGUUGUGUAUGCUGUCACCACCCCACCAUGUUCCUGUGUCCCUCGGUGCUCCAGCUCUGUCUAUUGGUGGGUCUUCACCUGCUCUGCCUGCUGCUCCUCCUCCCAGACUCCUCCCUGUGUCUUACGGUGGCCAAGAAAGAGCCCAAGCCAGGCCAUGCUGUCGUGCUGGACCACUUCACCACAGCAGACGAAGCUAACUGCUCCAGUGCAUGUCUCUUCAGCCCAGAGUGCCAUGCCAAUGGGUGGUAUGUCUUCUGGAAAAAGAGCUCCAUCUGUUUCCUGAUCAACUGUUCAGAUACAUCUUCCUGUAAAAACAUUUCUGUGGACAGUGUCCUGGCACAACUAGGUGAAACUGAUGGUGUCCGUUACAACUACAGAACAGCCCAGGAUUCUUCAGAUUCCAAUUCCACAACUGAGAAACAAAUCCGGCAACCACCCAAUAACACCUUGUCAUUAAAUGACUCUCUGCCACCACCACCACCACCACUCAGUAAAGCAACACUGACUGUCAACUCUUCACAAACCCAGCAUCCAGGCAACCAGUUAUCAGACCAGCCUGUGUUAUUGCCUUCAACACAAUCCAGCAAACCAGCAAUAAACUACCAUCCUGAAGCCUCCCUGCAGCCUUCCAAACAGCCACUUCCACUGUCAACCACAGUCACUCAAUCCACAACCAUUCUCCAACCUCGUCAUGACAAGGUUUUAACUAGUUCCCCAACAGAGGCUGCUAAUAGUGGAUCCACCGCCAAGAUUGCCACUAAUAAACCUUUAACUGCAAAGCCUGUGAGUACUGCAGCUAUACACACCGCACAACCAGGAAAAAAUACAAUAACUGACGCUACUGUCACUGGAUCAGUGGCUGCUCGAACACCACCAACAACAUCAACAAAAACAACAGCAACAAUAACAUCAACAACAUCAACAAAAACAACAGCAACAAUACCAACAACACCAACAACAUCAACAAAAACAACAGCAACAAUACCAACAACACCAACAACAUCAACAAAAACAACAGUAACAAUACCAACAACAUCAACAAAAACAACAGCAACAAUACCAACACCAACACCCCCAGGAACAUCACCAGCAACUACACAAAAAACUACCACACCUACUACAAAAAUCACAUCCACAGUUAAAACAACCGUUGUCAUAACGAGUGUCCCAGCUUUCAAGGAGCCAGCUUCAUCAUCAUCAUCAUCAUCAUCACCAGCUACACAAGAACCAAAGGCCCCAACUACUGAGAUGCCACUAGUUCAAUUUACCUCCACUUCACCUGUGGGGACCCCUGCAACAACUAGUCAUGGUACUGGCCCUAGUGCUUCCACGACUGAUAACAACCAAGUGGUUGCGAAAGGAACCCGGGUUUCUGUGGUAGAGGUUGCUGGGGAUGCUUUGACCAGCCACCUAGUUGACACCGCUUCUUUACUGGCUGUCCUGCUCUUUGGGCUGCUCUUCUUCCUGGUUACAGUUGCGGUGUUUGUUACACAGGCCUAUGAGAGCUACCGAAGGAAGGACUACACACAGGUUGACUACUUGAUUAAUGGGAUGUACACAGACUCUGGGGUUUGAGGGAGGGAGUAGGCUAAGCUCAAGAAUUGAAGGUUGUGUUUAGUUUGGCGUUAGCACAGACUCAAGAAAGGAAGGUCAGGUCAUGGUUUUUGGGAAGAUAAACCCAUGAAGUCCUCCACAUUUUCUUACAAAUUGUGUCCUGGGUUGGUAUCAGUGAUGUCAAAUUGAACUAAGACCAAGAUGAUGCAAGAUUGGCUGGAUGAUGCUGAUGUGGUGGUUUGAAUUUAGAAGAUGGUCCAGAACAACUGUAUUAUGGUUUGGGCAGAGUCCAGAUUGGAGAGGAGUAAACUGAUGAACAGCUCCUUGAGAAGAUAUGGAACAAGCACUCCAAAACAUGGCCAUGAAUAUAUUUCUACCGUAGUUGUCCCACAUACUGCUUUGUGCUUUAUCGCUGUUCCUUUUACCAGACAAGGGGACAGUGAGGUUUUUUUUUUUUCAGGCAUGGCCUGUUUAGACACUAACAAGAAUGGAAAAAGAAAAUUACACAAUCAUGAAAAAGCCAACCCCCUUCUUUCCAAGGUGGAUGUGUAUUUUUUUAUGAAAAAGAGCUGACCAGAGUAACUAAACAGCAUUCAUUGUUGCACCUUCUUCAUUGUUCUAUUCAAAAAGAUCAAGAAGCAGUACCAAGGAAAAAAACUCCCUCGGUUCUGUAGAAGUAGUAGAACUUUUCUUCAGAAACCUAUGUGAGUUUUUACAGAUACUCCAGCCAGCUGAAUACAGCAGAAAUGUUUUUCCAACUUCUCUGUGCAUUAAGUUUCCCCAGAUGUGGCCUGGUUGUGUUGAUGUCUUAAGCUGGUGUUUCAGGGCCAAAGCAUAUACGAUCUGGUGUGGCCAGAGAAAGACCACCAUGUGAACCUAGUCAGUCAGUGAGUUGAUUUUGUGUUUUUUAAGUCUGUUAACAUUGCUAGGACUUGUUUUCUGCAGUGUGCAUGUCAUGGUGAAGAGAGGCUUUGUUUAGUUUAAUGUUUUUGUUUGAGGAAAAAGGCGGUUUUGAUUGGGUUUUCACCAACUGCCCUUUUAGGUUAUGAUGACGUUAAAAGUAUAAAGAUCUGGCCAGGGUAUCAAAACAAACUGUCACAUUAAGUCCAUAAUGAAAGUGAAUCAAAUCCAGGUCUGUUACAUUAAUAAGGCAUAAUGCCCCCCUCCAGGAACCUGAUUACCAAUUUCAAAGAUUUCAAACAAUCUGAUUCUUGCCAGUUGAAACAAGCACAGCUGUGCAUCCCCACCCUGAUUCCACUGCUGUGCAGUUGAAGCAUAUUUAGACUUGGAUUGGGACUGGUGGAAAUAACCAUACAUCACUUUUGGAUUCAGACUUUUUUCCACAAAAAUGUGCAGAGUAUUCAAAACAGCAAGGAAGUAUCCAGCACUAAUCUAAAACGAUCAUCUCUAGAAUUCAGCUUUUGAAAUUGGUGAUUUAUUGAACCAUACUGCAUUAGCAUGUAUUUAGCAUCUUAGUACUCUACUACUACUACUUGAGAGUUAAACCACAUAAUUCUCAGUUGAAGAAAACACUGGCUGAAAUGUCUGUUGUGAAGCUGAUGGUGUUAGCAGCCUCCCCAGCAGACACAGGUCAUUAGUGUAGACCAUUGGACCAGACCAGCCUGUUUUUGGUUUGAGGAAAACUACAUUUGUGUCUUAAAUUUCACUGUCUUAGUUCAUUUCAGUGUGUCAUUUUGUUUCAUUAUCUUAUCAUUUCAUUCACAUUCUUGUGAGCUGUUUUCCAUUAUGUGUCAUUUUUUCUGCCAUUGUUAUUCCUAACAGUUUGGGCUGAAUGUCAGUGCGCAAUGUUUCUGUGAUGGAGUUUAACUGUGAAUCAUCGGAUCAAGGCCAUAUACGUAUUGUUAUGUUGUAUUUCUGUUCACAAUGAAUGUUAAACUUAAAAGGAGAAUGAUUAUAUAGAAUAACUCAGAACAUAUUGGAAAUUAACUGUUAUUUAGACUGAUACUUUGGCUCCUGGGUAUGUGUGUCAGUUAUCAGUUAUUAUUGCAUAACUCAUAUACACAAACUCUGCAUAGCUUAACUUGAUACCUCAUGCAAUUCCUCAACUGAUGAAAAUCUUUUUUUCUGCUUUCCUUGUUUACAUGUUCUAUUGUAUUAAUGAGGAACAUAAAGCUUUAGUCUUUCAUCCAUUUGCUUUUUGACACAUUUUGGAGACAUUGCAGACAUCCCUGAAGUUAUGUGCAGCUUUAUGUUAAUGCCAUCAAAUUGUUAAAAUCCUUUUUUCUACCUUGUUGUAAAAGACAGGGGCUACAGAAUACCUAGAGUUUGUUGUGGUCACUGUGGAGAGAGACAGCAAGCCUCUCAGCAAGACAUCGGCACAAAGCUGUUAAGAUGAUGCUGAAGACAGCUCCAGGUGUGACAGCAGCCUCCAAAGGUUAUGGUUCAGUUUACAUUUCACAAAUUUUUGCAGGCACUUUGAUUGCAUAUUGUAUUGGUUACUUUGCCAGCAGCAAAUGUGAGCAUUUUUUUUUUUUAAACGAAAUGAUAGAUGCCAUUAAAACAAAAUUAAACUUUGGUGUAGUGGUUGGUUGUAUAGUUGCCUGGGUAUGAUAUGAGUCCACAUGGUGGUGAAAUAUCCUCAUUAGUUGCUCUGUGCUCCUGUUGAUUGCUAUUUCAGAAAACUAUUUCUGUCUCUCCACUCAAAGUGGUGCCCAAAUAACACUUUUGGCACAAACAAAUGCAAACAAAGUAGAUUAUGUCAAUAUAAAAACAACAUAUCCCAGUCACCAUUUUAAUGUAGUCACAAUUGUUUGUGAAAUCAGGCUAUAUCAAUCCAACUCUCUACCAAAGUUCAAUUUUGCCGCAAGGAUCAAGCAUAGAAACCAGCCCGCUAGCUCAUGACUUGCCAUGUUCCACUGCUGAUGUAGAAUUGGUCUCAAUUUAUUUGAUACCAUGUAGAGAUGACAGAAGUACUACCAGAAACAUAUUAGAUGUUCACUUGUUGAAUUUUCCCUAGUUUUCCUCAUCAAGCAUCUACCCCGUCAUAGGAGAAAAGGUUUGCUACUUGUCCUGCGUCUACCAUGAAAACAGCUUGCUAAUUUUUUUACUGAAGUGAAGUGCCAUUAUGGAAACUUUUCUUUCCCAUAAGUUCACAAGCAUCUGGUGACGAAAAUGAGUCAAUUUCAGCAAGUCAGGGCGUCCUUUUGAGUUGUAUCUUGGUGUGGAGUGGAUUACUAUUGCUUUUUCUCUUUUCUUGACCAGUUUGUUUUAGUUGACUUAUUCCAUGUGUUUAAUGGGUGAUAGAAAAUUGCCAAAUAAUCACUAAAGCACAUUAUUUUGUGAUUAAAGCCAAGGGAAUUGUGUAGCCAUUAUCAGUGAGUGACUGACUGAAUGACUGGAGCAAAUUGUGUCCCACAGUAUGCAAUAUGACGGGACACGUUGGUCUUUGUUGACUGUAUGUAAAAGCUCAUACUGUAAGAAGUACUCUUAAUGCACUAACUCUGAACAUUUCAGUACCAGCAAAUACCAGAAAUAGUAACUGUGUGGGACACACCAUAUUAGAAAGCAAAUGUUUGAACAGUAUUUUUGUCUGUUCCUGAUGCAUACUGUUGUAUGCAUCAGUAUGCAUUAAGGCUUGACCAAUGUGGGCUUAUGACGACUGAAGACCUUACAUUUGACCUUUUCAUUCCUAAACAUUUUAAUAAGUCCGCUUUUCCCACAAACUUUAAUACACCAGUUAAUUAAACUAUUUUAGUGUUACCAGCGCUUUAAGAAAGGGUGAUACGCCUUACCAAUAUGGUAGUAAGAGAAACUGUGGAAACAUUACUGCUGUUAUGCAAAUAAUUAAUUGAUCAGUUUAACAAAAUGUGCAAAAGAAAAGGAAAAUCAAAUUUCAUCGCAGGGUUCAUAGACUGUUCUUACAUGACUUUAGUGAAGAAAGAACCCUCAUCUCCAGUAGAUGACAACGUUGGCCUGAUAUAUAUCGGUCUAACCCUACUAAAGAAUAUGAGCUUAUAGACAUAGAUCAUUAGUUAGACUGGACCAGCCAGGUCUUUGUCUGUUUCUUUGACUAAUGCGUGACUGACAGUUAAAAUCCACUUUUAAAUUGCUUACAGCACGUUCCUCCUACGAUCUUAGCCAGUUUAUUCAAUAUGUGACACGAAUGAGCUCUGCUGAAACCAGAACCCAGAAAACCCAAGAUAUUAAUCUGUGACGUCAACAAGAGACAAAUCCUGGAGCCACUCCACUGACAAUGAAUUGCGGACUACAAAAGUUGAAAUUUUGACAUUUGAGUGUACAGCAUCUAAUUGUAUUGCUAAUGCAACAUAAAAAUCAUGAUGUGAUCUGUCUCUAUAUCCAUACAGCCUGUUUCCCAUUCACUGUCAGGGGAGCAGUUUUAGGGAAUUGGUUAUUGAUGACCUUUUGAAGGAAUUCCUGGCUCAUCAGUCAGGUAUUCUGUAUUUCAGUCAGGCUUCUUCAUCUUCACAAAUGUAUACUAAGCUGUCCAAGAUCUAGGAAUAUUGGUGGAUUUUUGUGUGCAGUAAUUUUGAUGUGUAGAAUGAGCUUUUCAUAAGGAAUGAAUACGGGGCUGAGAAAGAAACCUGCCAUGUGCCAACUCAAUGUUGUAUUAAUGCACUAUCAAAAGAUAUUUUUACUUGCUGAAAAUAAAUUAUGAAAGAACCAAA